GCUCUACGCACAAAGGCGCGGUCCUACGGGACUCGAGAUCGACGUGGUGGAAAACAGGGAAGCUGGUGAAUAAGAAUAAAAAUAAGGACGAUGGGGGUGCCGGAUGUGGAGCAGGCCAAAAGGCGACUUCAGGACAUAUUGAGGCGGGCGCAGAAGCUGGAAAUACCGACGCAGGAAGUGAUCUCGACGAGGACGGCGCGUAAACUGCUCGCCAGGACGCGCAACGUUCUAGCGUGGACCAUCUGGAUCGGCGUAUUUGUUAUCCUGCUCAGCGGCGUCGUCUACGCGCGCUGGCCGACACGACAAGACGUGGAGACCGUCAGGACCGUGCUGAGGCGAACAUGUUCGGGUGCAGCUUCGGGCGACUUUUCGGAACGAGUGGCAGCGCUUCUACAAUCGUCCUCGACUCAGGAUGACUGCUAGUAGUGCGUUCUGUAAUACGCGACGGCCCUUUCCUUCCUGAUCCAGUACAUCGAUGAAAGGAAGAAAGGAGAGAGGUUUUAUCCGAAAGGAGAAGUGAUUCGAUGCGCGCGGCGCGCUCUAAAUGAUUUUUCGUCGAGCUAAUCUGUAAGCUUUAAAACAACGUUCCAAGGCAGCGUCUCUUUAGGCUUAAGGCUCAUUCUCUUUUUCGCGCGGACAAUGCUGCGGCACGGCGACAGCGGAAGUGUAUAGAAGUGUCGCGAAAACGAAAAUUGUCAAAGCGAAACGAGACCUUCACAAGACUUCAUGUGAAACGAAAUGAUCUUUCUCGAGACUCUUCACUUUGUAUCAUUUUCGUAAGAAAAUGGUCCCGGUUUCCAUCAAUAUUAUUACUUACAAAUAAACUUUUAAUGCUGCAAAUCGUAUUUAUGCAACAUGAUUAGAUGCGUAACAAAGUAUCAUUAAUUAUUACGUAUAGCAAAAAUUAAAUUCACUAUUUUUACAAAGGACUUAACGCACACAUUCUAAUCUUUGACCAAUAUAAUUAAAUGCAUAAUAGAAUUAAUUUUACAGUUUAUAUAUUGAAAAUCAAUAUUGUA